GGGUCUUGAGGUAAUCAGACAUGGCAGAGGAAGCAGGGCGUUUCACACCUUGCCAAAUCUGAAGGUCUCUUUGCAAAUGUACAUCUUGUACUCCGUAUAAAUUGAGAGAGAGAGAGAGAGCGCUCUUGAUUCAUGUCAUCAUGUGGGGUUCUCUCUGAGAUGGUGAGGCAUGACCUGCUGGCUUUCCACUGGAAAUUGGUUCUUCCUCCCUCAUAUGGCAGGCAGAGCAUGAUCUGCCUUACAUGAGCCUCCUGUCUGUGUCAUCACCACCUCCUCCACAAGCAGCUGCUGAAAGUGAGAGAGUUCUUGGAUCACUCAGAGCUAGCAUCCCUACCAUUACUCUGCAAGAUUUUGCUCGGUUCAGACACUGACGAGGUGUAGUAAGGCUAGUUAGUAGCUAAGCUUGCACGAAGCUUAGCUGCGACAUGGAGAGGAAGAGGAGGGGAUGGCUCGAGCGCAUCAAGAGGCUCUUCGUCUCCGAGCCGAAGCAGAAGCCCAAGCCGGACAAGAAGGUGAAGAGCAAGAGGUGGAUGUUCGCGGGCAAGCUCAAGACGCAGCACUCGUUCGCGCUGCCGGCGCCGGCGCCGGCGGUGGAGGAGGAGCAGAUCAGGCAGGCGGAGGACGAGCAGAGCAAGCACGCGAUGGCGGUCGCGCUCGCCACCGCGGCGGCCGCAGAGGCCGCCGUCGCCGCCGCGCACGCCGCCGCCGAGGUGGUCCGCCUCACCGGGAAGACGGCCGCAUUGGCUCCGGCGCCGGCGACGACGACGACGCCGACGCCGUACGGCCACGAACACGCCGCCCUUAUGAUCCAAUCCGUCUACCGUGGAUACCUCGCGAGGAGGGCGUUGCGAGCGUUGAAGGGGUUGGUGCGGCUGCAGGCGCUGAUCCGGGGGCAGGCGGUGCGGCGGCAGACGGCGGCGACGCUGCGCGGCCUCGAGUCGCUCAUGAAGAUCCAGGCGCGGCAGCGCGCCAGGGCCUCAUCCGCCGCCGCCGCCGGCGGCGACCACAACGCCGCUAAUUCGCCGGCGCCCGACGGCAUGGACGCGCUGCUCCGGCGAGGCCGGGAGCUGUACUACGCCGCCGCCGCCGCCGUCCACGAACAGCAGCUGAGCAAGGGGUGGGACAGCAGCACACUGUCGAAGGAGGAGAUGAGCGCCAUGAGCCGGAGCAGGGAGGAGGCCGCCCUCAAGCGCGUCCGCGCGCUCCAGUACGCCUCGCUCCACCAGAGCGAGAAGGUCGGGGUCAGGAGGCAGCCGAUGAGCCGGGAGGAGAUGGAGACGCUGAACCAGCGGUGGAGCUGGCUGGAGGAAUGGGUCGGGUCGCAGCCGCCGUUCGAUAAGGACAUCCCCGUCGCGCACCAAUCUCCAAGCAGGGACGCCGCCGGCGCCGCCAUGAACGACGACGAACGCCCGCCGCCGCCGCCGGUGCUCCGGUCCAGGUCCAGGGCCGACAGGCUCGCCUGCGUCGGCGGCGACGACGACGACGCCGACAGGCAGCUCGGGUACUCGGCGAGGCGGUCAUUCACCCGCGCCGGGAGGCGCACGCCGGCGAGGGACGACGACGGCGGCGGCGCGGCGGCGUUCCCGGGGUACAUGGCGUCGACGGCGUCGGCCAAGGCCAAGUUCCGGUCCAUGAGCACGCCCAAGGAGCGCUCCGGCGCCGGCGCGGCGGACGCCUACUCGGAGCAGUGCUUCCCGUUCGCCGACCGCCUCCUGUCGCCGAUCCCCUCCAUGUCGCCGAUCCCGUCCAUCGCCAGCGACAUCGUCUUCGCGAGGUCCAGCCGGCCGGCGGCGGCGCAGCGGUCGCCGCGGGUGAAGGGGCCCAUGACGCCGACGAGGUCCCGGUCCCGGAGGUCGCCGGGACGCCACAGCUUCGGCUCCGAGGCCGCGCUGCACCAGCUGCAGAUGGAGCAGUACACCCCUAUCCGGUGAAGAGAAUUAGCAUCAUCAAGCAUGUAAUUUGCAACGAACGAUAAAGCAAAAAAAAAAAAAUCCUGCUUUUUUUUUC